UUUUUCCAAAAUGGCACUGCCUUUUGGGCGAAAUCAUCUGACAUUUGAAUAUUCAUUUCGCUUUGACAUUUCAUCUCUUUCUUUUUCUGUCGUUCGCCAUCCAAGAUGACGAAAGGUACAUCAAGUUUUGGUAAACGCCAUAAUAAGACGCACACCUUGUGCCGUCGGUGCGGACGCAGCUCCUACCAUAUCCAAAAGUCCAAAUGCUCUCAAUGUGGAUACCCAGCCGCCAAGUUGCGUUCAUACAACUGGUCAGUUAAGGCUAAGAGGAGGAAGACCACUGGAACUGGUCGCAUGCGUUUCCUCAAGGUUGUGCGAAGGCGCUUCCGCAACGGAUUCCGUGAAGGAACCCAAGCUAAGCCCAAGAAGGCAACGUAAACAUUUUUAAACCUAAACUUCUUUUUACAAUAAAACGUAAUUUUUUGAUUGGA